AUGGCCCCUGUGCCGAGGCCAGGCAGUCUCAAGGAUCCCGACAUCGCGGACCUCUUCUACAAGCACGAUCCGGAGAAGAUCUUCGAGGAUCUGCGCGAAAUCGGACAUGGCUCGUUCGGCGCGGUCUACUACGCGCGAUGUCUGCUCACGCAGGAGAUCGUCGCGAUUAAGAAAAUGUCGUAUUUGGGCAAGCAGAGUUUGGAGAAGUGGCAGGAUAUUUUGAAGGAGAUCAGGUUUCUACGCCAGCUGAAACAUCCCAACACCGUCGAGCACAAGGGCUGCUACCUGCGCGAUCACACGGCAUGGCUCGUGAUGGAGUACUGUCUCGGGUCGGCGUCCGACAUCAUCGAGGUGCACAAGUGCGCGCUGCGCGAGGAGGAGAUCGCCGCGAUCUGCGAUGGCGUUCUGAACGGUCUCAGUUAUCUGCACAGUCUCGGGCGGAUACACCGGGACGUGAAGGCGGGCAACAUUCUGCUUACCGAGAACGGUACAGUGAAGCUGGCCGAUUUUGGGAGCGCUUCCAUAAAGUGUCCGGCGAACUCGUUCGUCGGUACGCCUUAUUGGAUGGCGCCCGAGGUUAUACUGGCCAUGGACGAGGGGCAGUACGAUGGGAAGGUCGACGUGUGGUCGCUAGGUAUUACUUGUAUUGAAUUGGCUGAACGAAAACCACCCUAUUUUAAUAUGAACGCGAUGUCCGCUCUUUAUCACAUUGCUCAAAACGAGUCACCUUCUCUUCAGUCUUCGGAAUGGACGGAUUGUUUUAAAUAUUUCGUUAAGUCUUGCUUGCAGAAAUUACCAGGAGAACGUCCGACCUCGACGAAAUUGUUGUCGCAUCCGUUCGUCGCGAGACCGAUGCAAACGAACGUCCUAACCGACCUCAUACAACGUACCAAAGCAGCCGUAAGAGAUUUAGAUAAUUUAAAUUAUAGAAAAAUGAAGAAGAUACUAAUGGUCGAAAGUUGCGAGACUGAAAGUACGAUAGAGGACGUCGACGAUACGCCCGACGAGCACACGGGCGGGGAUAGUUCCAAGAGCAACUCCAUUACGUCGGAGCACAGUAUACAUUCGGUCGGUGUUUCGGCCAGUAGUCAGUCGAGUAGUACCAACAGUCUUCCAGCAGGGGGCGACGCUGACGGCUUGUCGAGGAGACACCGCGCGAACAUCAACCACGCGGCGGCGGCCAUCGUUUCCGAUCACGGCACUAACAAUUUCGCAACAAUUCGAACGACCAGUAUUGUAACGAAGCAGCAAAAGGAGCACAUGCAGGAAGAAAUGCACGAGCAAAUGUCGGGUUAUAAGCGAAUGCGACGCGAGCAUCAAAGCGCCUUAAUGAAACUGGAGGAGAAGUGCAAAAUGGAAAUGGAAAGUCACAAGAACCAGUUGGACAAGGAGUACGAGAUGCUGUUGCAGACGUUCAGUCGGGAUUUGGAGAAGUUGCAAGUUCGACAUCAGCAGGAGCUCGAGCGGAAGCUCAAGCAGAACCAAAUCGGCGAGAAGAAGUUGGGGAAAGACAUCUCUAGUCGUCAGGAGCUCGAUAGGAAGGCCUUCGAUGCGCAUAGAAAGAAAGAGUAUAAAGCGAACAAGGAGAGGUGGAAAAGGGAGCUGUCGCAAGACGACUCGACUCCGAAACGGCAACGCGACGCCACCUUACAGACUCAAAAGGAUAACCUUAAGCUGGUCGAGGCGCAGGAGGAACAACGACUGUUACGAUCGCAAAAGGAGUAUAUAGAAAUUGAGGUUAGGAAAUUUAGAAGAAAAAAAUUACUCGGCUUCCACAACUUGGAGCAGGAGCUGCUGCGCGAGGAGCUCAAUAAACGUCAACAGCAGCUCGAGCAGGCCCACUCGAUGCUCUUGCGCCAUCAUGACAAAACGCAAGAGUUGGAGUAUCGGCAACAGAAAACCGUGCACGCGCUCAGAGAGGAACAGGUGCAACGCCAACACAGUACUGAACUGGCGAAUCAAGAGGAGUACAUGCUUAGGUCGCAGCGGGAGUUACGAAAAAAGCACGCGUUAGAGAUAAAGCAGCAGCCGAAGUCGCUUAAGCAAAAGGAAAUGAUGGUGCGAAAACAAUUUCGGGAAACGUGCAAAGUGCAAACGAAGCAGUACAAGGCGCUCAAGACGCAGAUCCUUCAGAACACGCCGAAGGAGGACCAAAAGGCGGUGAUCAAGAAGCUGAAAGAGGAGCAGCGUCGCAAGUUGGCGCUUUUAGGGGACCAGUACGAGCAGAGCAUCGCCGAGAUGCUGCAAAAGCAGUGCAUACGUUUGGACGAAAGUCAGGAGAUCGAGGCGCAGCAGAUGAAGGAGCGGUUGCACUACGAGCUCGAGAUCCUGAUGGCCUAUCAGAGUAAGAAUAAGAUGCAGGCGCAAGCGCAGAGGGAUAGGGAACGUAGGGAAUUGGAGGAGCGGGUGUCCGUUAGGCGAGCGCUUCUAGAGCAGAAGAUGACCUCCGAGACUCAGAGGUUUUUAGAAGAGCGUUCGGAACGGAUACGACUGCUACACGAGAAGCAAGAACGCGAGCUAGAAGAGUUUGAUGAGGAGUCCGCCAGAUUAGGGUUUAGCGUUUUAGCGAUCGCCGAAGCGACACGCGAAAACUACCACGACGACGAUAGGUCACUAUCGGGUUCCAUGUUAAGUCUUGCUCAUUCCAACAGUUCAACUAGUUUUCCUCCGGGUUCUAUUUAAAUAGUACGCUUUUUUAAACUGCCCAAUCCCCGACCUCCCCUUCCCACUCAACAACUUCCUCCCCUUUUGUCAGAGGUUCAAAAUCGAAUACGCAUUUAAUCACUCAUUUAACAAAGUGCCGAUUGAUAAACGAAAUUGAUAUUUUAACCGUAGAACGUAUUAUCUAAUUUCCGGUAGGUAUGUAUGUAUAUUUAAGAAGCGCUUGAUAAUUGUAUUAGUUGUUAAUGCUGUAAAUUUGGCGAAAAUUAACGAAGUGUAAUCGGUAUUUGUUUCUUAGACAAAUAUAUACAAUUAUAUUACUGUGGAACCUCUGUCAAAAGGCCUUUUUGUUUUAUGUAAAUAAUUAAGCAUUCAUUGUAUGUAUAUCGAAAACCCUGUCGAUUUAUUGUUAGGUAUAAUUUUUGAUUUUCUCAUUAUUUUUGUUUUUAGUCAACUCAUAUAUUUUAUUAAACUAUGUUGCAUCAUAGCUGUUAAUAAUAUUUUUAUUAAUUAGUCAUUUGACCUCGUAAGUGUUUUAAUUAUAAAAUUAAAAAAACCUCAACCUCUAUCAUAUAAUAUCAAUUAGUUAGCGAAACAAAAAAAAAACAUUCAAAAAGACUAACAUAUACCAAAAACAAUAUUUGGUAUUUACGCUUAAAAUUAUGCAAGAAAUGUAUAGUAGAAAUUACAAGUAGGUAAAUCAUGGUAUCCGUACGAUUGCAUUUUUUAACAAAAACUGUCUUACUCCAUUUACCCGGGCAUGCCUUUUUUUGUGCCCCAGUAUUUUAAGGUUUUUGUAUAAAAACUGUAAAUUUUGUUAUGGUUUUAAAUUUAAUUCUAUAUUAUAAAUGGAUAGAUUUAUGUAAACGCUAAAUAAUGCUAACAGUAUUUAUUUGCCUUUUUAGUCAUUUUAUGUGAAGUAACAACAAUUGUAUAUACUUAGGAAAUUUUUUACCCCCGUCUCCCUUCUCCGAUUUGUUUUAUCAUUUCACCGUAACUCUGUGCAUAUAUUUAUUAUGUACAUUUAACUUUUUUUUUUGUUACUUUACCAUGUAAAGAAAUAAAAAAAAUAUGAGGCAGU